AUGACCAACAACACAGCAACCACCCAAUCCGUCGCCGCCCCACUUGGAGCCCCCGUUGAGGACCUCAAACGAGUUAAACAAGGCCACUCAUUCCUUGGUUGCCUCUGUGACAUGCGAAGAGCAGUGAUCAUGAUAAAUAUUCUCGGGGUUGGCCUUGGGAUUGCAGGACUUCUUACAGUCAUCCUUGUCGACAAGUAUGGCGACAAAGAGGAACAAAAGGUGUUCCUCAACGGCUACGACAUUUGGGCACUCAUCGCCAUUCAAGCAGCUGUCUGUGUUGGCCACUUUAGUGGUCUUAUGGGCGCUGUCAACUUCUCCAUUUGCCCUGUUACCAUCACAAUCCUUAUGGAAAUCGCCUAUGCUGUCUUGAGCGGCUUGGACCAGAAUUGGAUUGGACUUGGUGUCUCGAUCUUUUUCAUUUAUCCUCAUGUCUUUCUAUGCUAUGAGCUGGCCAAGGGCAUUAUGACUCCUGAGAAUUACUUUCGCCAAGAGAGACAAUCUUGCUGUUGCGUAUAA